AGAAAGAAAAAACAACAAGAAUACAAAAACACCAAAAAAUGACCUUAAAUCACCAUUAGAAAGCAAAAAAAAUCGACUGAUCCUGAUCCUGCAGUACCACCACCACCACCACCACCACCAUGCAUAUCACAGUGUUCGGUCUCGUGGCUGUGACUUUGUCUAUCACAGUGACCUUGACCUCAGGCACUUGGACAUACGAAGGGACCACAGUGACCUUAGCUUUGGUUAACUAUACGUACCGUGACCCAAGACGCGACGGGGUACUGGUGGAAGUGGGCCAGGUCGGCAAAUAUGCACCGGGCCAAGUCGCGAGCGCAUCCGGACGAGUUGUGGUUGGAGAUUUGGCGGGAAAAGCUUCAGAAAUGAAUGCUGUUUUAAAAGGCUGUGAAUUUCCGUGGUCCACAGCGAGCACAGCGCCUUCAGGGACAUGGGUGGCGUUGAUAAGAAGAGGAGGAGGCUGCCCAGAUGAGGAGAAGAUAGAAAUAGCUGCUAAAUAUAACGCGUCCGCUGUUAUUCUGUACACAAAAGAUGAACACGCUCAUUUAAGGAAGCUGACGGUGCAUAAGGAUGGGUUAGCGGUGGUGUGGCUCGCGGAGGAGGAAGGGCGUGGGCUGGCUCAAGUAGUAGAAGGCGGUGCUGAAGUGGUCCUAACUAUGGUGCCUGGUCAUAACCUGCGCUACCAUGUUACUAGUGUCAAUAGACAAUCUCUGGGUCAGCGUUUUGUGGCAUCCAAUCCUAUAUGUGAGGCCAAUAUGUUCCCUGUUGACUGUGUGAUCGUGACCUCCGUGUUGUUCGUGUCCGUGUCCUUCAUAAUCCUGAUGGCUAUUUCCCUCGCCUGGCUGAUCUUCUACUACGUUCAGAGGUUCAGAUACAUACACGCCAAGGACAGGCUAGCGAGACACCUAUGCAAUGCUGCCAAGAAGGCCCUAGCUAAGAUUCCUGUGAAGACAUUGAAAGCCACAGAUAGGGAGGUGUGUUCGGAAGGCGAGUGUUGUGCUGUUUGCAUUGAACACUACCAGACGGGCGAGGCGGUCAGAACACUCCCUUGCAAGCACCUCUUCCACCGGUGCUGUGUGGACCCGUGGCUGCUGGAACACAGAACUUGUCCGAUGUGCAAGAUGGACAUACUCAAACAUUACGGAUAUGUGUUCUCAGGCAGCACGGAGACAGUGUUACCAAUGGAAGAGGAUGAAGGAAUUGAAUUUGAACUAAGAAUUCUGAGCGAGAGUGAAGAGAGUGUUCUACAGUUUGACUUGGGAGACGGAGGGGAGAGCCUGGGAGGGGACUAUGGGGGGCAGGGGUUAGGGGACGCCGCCCCCCACCCACACGGCCCCCACACACCCAGGGCAGCCCCCACCUCACCCCUGUCGUGAUGGUGACAAGAGACGAAGGAAGAGGAAGAGGAAGAGUAAUGAGUGGGGAGUGGGAGGGAGAGGGGAGGGGGGAGAGAGGCUACCCAGACCCCCUCCCCCGCACCCACACCUCUCCCUCUCUCUCCCUUCAGUCGUCACCAAGCAAAGACUUCAUCGUGACCUCUGCUGACCUGGCCCCCUCCCCCCCCACAGAGGGAUUUGAAGACACACCACCACAUUCACCACAGCCCAGGAAAGACAGUGGUGGUGGUGGUGGUGGUGGUGCUGUGGAGGUGUCAUCCGUGUGUUCAGUGCCAUCUAUCUCACUCCCUGGCACUGUGGAGGGUGGAGAGAGCAUACAGGAGGGAUACAGCCCCCUACCGAGCCCCGAGGAGGCCCCCCCAGCCCCCGUGACACCCCCACGGCGACACAGGAGAGCUGGGGUGUGUGAUACCAGCCAUAGAGAUACACUUGAUACACCCUCUUCUCUUCGGCCAGCCAGCCAUAUUGUUAGUGUGUCACAUUUCUAAAGGCUGGGAGAGUGUGUCAAAGUGUAUCAGGGUGUAUUAUAGUGUAUUGAGAGUGUCAGGGUGUAUUAUAGUGUGUCAGUGUAUCAGGGUGUGUCAAGGUGUAUCAUAGUGGGGUGAAGUGUAUCAUUAGUGUGUCAGGGUGUGGUGAAUGUGUCCAGUGUAUCAGAGUGUAUCAUUAAGUGUCAUAAUGUAUCAAGUGUGUCAUAGAGUGCCCAGAGUGUAUCAUUAAGUGUCAUAAUGUAUCAGGUGUGUGUCAGGCUAUGGUCAAUUGUCUAAAGUGUAUCACAAGGUGCCUGGUGUGUCAUAAGUGUUGUGUCGGGAGUGUCAGGGUAUGGUGAAGUGUCAAAAAUGUAUCUUAAGAUGUACACUGAUAAUACACUCAAUCAAGUAUCAUAAGGUGUCAACAGUGUAUCAUUAAGGGUAUCAAAAGUGUCAUAAGUGUGUCAGGAGUGUAUCAAAGU